AAGUGUUGCACCUUCACAUGUCUCGAUUGUAUUAUAUAUUUAUACAUGGUUGCUGGGAAUCUUACUGAUCCAGAUUAAAAGGAACAUGAUCUGAUUUUAGGUCAACAUACACAUUAACUAUUGUUUUCACUGUAAUAUCAGAGCAGUCCGUACACAACAGAGCUGCACAAUGAAGUCAUUUAUUAAAUGGCAAGCAUCGAUACAAUCUCUAACAAGAUGAAAAGAAAUGAAACACAUCUUCAAGGUAUUGUUUAGAGAUUACUCCCUUUUCCAGAAAUGAUCCUCCCACAGUUAUUAAAGGCCCUGAUAAGAUUGUGAGAGCUGCAGUUCAGCAUCACUGUAUUGAAGAGAGAAUCUCACUGAGUUUGAUCAUCUGACCUCAGGUGCGGUUCGUCACAAUGAGGUUUCUGAUCUCACUGUGUGUGUCUCUACUGCUGCUGAUUAAUGAAUCAACAACUUCCAGCUCUGAUCCAUGCUAUGAUUAUCACACUCUUGAUGAAUAUUGGAGAGACAUACAACAGAGCCAAGACUAUAGAUAUGAUGACACUCUUGUUGAAUGGAGUGGCUGGUAUCGGCUGUAUUUGAAUGGAAAAAGUGCCCAGAUGUCUGAGUGGUGUGUGAGUUAUGUGGGAUGUGGAGGCAAAACUGGACUGCAUCUCAACAGUUCUCAUCCAACACUUGAGGAUGGAGUGGUGACCCGUGAAGUCCUGGGAACUUAUACUUUGGGGUUGGGGGGUUUGUAUUCCCAUCAGUGUGGCGCCUACAUGUCCACGUCCAUCCAAGUCAAAGCAUGUCCAGGAGAUUAUUUUGUCUAUAAACUUGUCAAGCCAGAUGUGUCGAUGUACAUGCCUUCGUACUGUGCAGUUGCUUUCCAAAACAUCAGCAGUGAUCCCUGCUACAACUAUGAGUCUCUGGAUCGUCCCUGGAGAGCCAACAAUGAAAGUGGAGAUUACAUUUGUGAUAACUCUUUCUCCUGGAAUGGCUGGUACCGGCUUUUCUACCAUGGAAUGAACAUCCGGAUGUCAGAGACCUGUGUUAGUUCAUUCACCUGUAACACAGUAAUCAAUCUGUGGCUCAGUGAUCCUCACCCUCAGAUAGAGGAUGGAGUGGUGAUCAGGGAGGUCUGUGCUAGUUAUUGGGGAGGCUGCUGUGAUUACAAGACAAAUCCCAUCAGAGUUAAAGCAUGUCCAGGCAAUUACUAUGUCUACGAACUUGUGAAUCCACAAUGGUGGUGUUCAGGAUACUGCACAGAUGUCAGCACCAUUUCACAAGUGGUUUCCACUACAAGUCUAGAUAUAAUCAAUGGAUCCAGCACCAUCUUGCAUUAUGACCCGUGCAGUAACUACAACAUACUCGACAACUACUGGAGAAACACUCUCAAUUACUGGUAUGUUCGUGGAUACGUAUCUGCGCAUGAUGACGCUCUUGUAGAAUGGGAUGGCUGGUAUCGACUCUUCAUUAAUGGAUCAAGUGCUCAGAUGCCUGAAUGGUGUGCGUCUUACAUGGCUUGUGGAGGUUAUACUGCUCUGUAUCUUGGUGACUCUCAUCCUCGGCUAGAAGAUGGAGUUGUUACUCGUGAAAUUUACGGCUCCCAUAAUGAUCAGUGCAGUCGCUACAGAUCCGACCCAAUCCAAGUCAAAGCUUGUCCUGGAAAUUAUUAUGUCUACAAAUUUACAAGGCCACCUCUAUCAAUCCCAGCUCCUGCAUAUUGUGCAGUAUCUUUCACCACUCCAAGUAUCAACCCCUGCUUCAACUAUACCAGUCUGGAUGAGCCUUGGAGAUCCACUGACAACACUUACAACAAUGGCAUGUGUGAUUAUAAUGUGCAGUGGAAUGGCUGGUACAGGCUGUUCUACAAUGGUCAAAAUGCUCAGAUGCCAGAAUCAUGUGUUAAUCAGUUCAGGUGUGGCACUGAUGACCCACUGUGGCUCAACGGCCCUCACCCACAGCUGGAAGAUGGAGUGGUCACCCGUCAGGUCUGUGUCCCAUCAUGGGGUGGCUGCUGUACUUACACAUCCCACCCUAUUAGAGUCAAAGCCUGUCCAGGAGAUUACUAUGUUUAUGAGUUUGUCAAGCCACCAUUUUGCGGAGCUUAUUGUGUUGAUGCCUCAAACCAGUCCAUCUCAUCAGUGUCUACAACAACAGAGAGAGUCCCAUCCACUGAAUCCAUUACUCCAUCAACAGUAAAAUCCAUUACUCCACCAAUCACAACCACUGCAGCACCAGAAAUAUUCUACCCUUUCGGCUCUUCAGAAGACACAAGAAAUGCUGCUGCUGAUGAUGGAAGCUCCUCUAAAAUUCAGCUGUUGAGGCCAUUUCUGUUCUUUGGCCGCACGUACCAGCAGAUUUAUGUGAAUAAUAAUGGACACAUCACAUUCAACCAGUCUUCAUCACAGUUUAUUCCCUACUCUUUUCCUGCUAAUGGAAGCCAAGAUAUAAUUGCUGGUCUCUGGACCGACCUUAACAACAAUGCAAGAGGUGUCAUUUCAUAUAAUCAGUACACUAAUGGAAGUGUUCUCGCACGUGCCACUCUGGAUAUAAACAAUCAUUUCCCAAAUCUGACCUUCAACGCUUCUUGGGUCUUUGUUGCAACUUGGGAUAAAGUCCCUUACAUUUCCAUGUUUAGAGCAGAAACAUCGUUUCAAGUGAUUUUAAUUUCAGGCAGUAAUUUUUCAUUUAUUCUGAUGAAUUAUGGUGACACUUCUGUAACAGGGCUUCCAGUAGAGGCUGGAUAUGACACCGUUAACUCCAUACACUACUUUGUGAUUCCUGGAUCAGUCAACGGGAGCUCCAUUUCAAACCUCAAGAACUCCAGUAAUGUCAAUGUUGCAGGUCGUUGGGCCUUCAGGGUGGAUGGUGGACACAAAGAAGCCUCAAAUGAGUCAAUACCAGAAGCCUCAAAUGAGUCAAUCCCAUCAGCGUCUACAACAACAGAGACAAUCACAGAAGAAUCCAUUACUCCACCAAUCACAACCACUGCAGCACCAGAAAUAUUCUACCCUUUCGGCUCUUCAGGAGACACAAGAAAUGCUGCUGCUGAUGAUGGAAGCUCCUCUAAAAUUCAGCUGUUGAGGCCAUUUCUGUUCUUUGGCCGCACGUACCAGCAGAUUUAUGUGAAUAAUAAUGGACACAUCACAUUCAACCAGCCUUCAUCACAAUUUGUUCCCUACUCUUUUCCUGCUAAUGGAAGCCAAGAUAUAAUUGCUGGUCUCUGGACUGACCUUAAUAACGGUGCAAGAGGUGUGAUUUCAUAUAAUCAGUACACUAAUGGAAGUGUUCUCGCACGUGCCACUCUGGAUAUAAACAAUAAUUUCCCAAAUCUGACCUUCAACGCUUCUUGGGUCUUUGUUGCAACUUGGGAUAAAGUCGCUUACAUUUCCAUGUUUAGAGCAGAAACAUCGUUUCAAGUGGUUUUAAUUUCAGGCAGUAAUUUUUCAUUUAUUCUGAUGAAUUUUGGUGACACUUCUGUAACAGGGCUUCCAGUGGAGGCUGGAUAUGACACUGUAAACUCCAUACACUACUUUGUGAUUCCUGGAUCAGUCAAUGGGAGCUCCAUUCCAAACCUCAAGAACUCCAGUAAUGUCAAUGUUGCAGGCCGUUGGGCCUUCAGGGUGGAUGGUGGACACAAAGAAGCCUCAAGUGAGUCAAUCCCAUCAGCGUCUACAACAACAGAGACAAUCACAGAAGAAUCCAUUACUCCACCAAUCACAUCCACUGCAGCACCAGAAAUAUUCUACCCUUUCGGCUCUUCAGGAGACACAAGAAAUGCUGCUGCUGAUGAUGGAAGCUCCUCUAAAAUUCAGCUGUUGAGGCCAUUUCUGUUCUUUGGCCGCACGUACCAACAGAUUUAUGUGAAUAAUAAUGGACAUCUCACAUUCAACCAGUCUUCAUCACAGUUUAUUCCCUACUCUUUUCCUGCUAAUGGAAGCCAAGAUAUAAUUGCUGGUCUCUGGACCGACCUUGACAACCGUGCAAGAGGUGUGAUUUCAUAUCAUCAGUACACUAAUGGAAGUGUUCUCACACGUGCCACUCAGGAUAUAAACAAUCAUUUCCCAAAUCUGACCUUCAACGCUUCUUGGGUCUUUGUUGCAACUUGGGAUAAAGUCCCUUACAUUUCCAUGUUUAGAGCAGAAACAUCGUUUCAAGUGAUUUUAAUUUCAGGCAGUAAUUUUUCAUUUAUUCUGAUGAAUUAUGGUGACACUUCUGUAACAGGGCUUCCAGUGGAGGCUGGAUAUGAUACUGUAAACUCCAUACACUACUUUGUGAUUCCUGGAUCAGUCAAUGGGAACUCCAUUCCAAACCUCAAGAACUCCAGUAAUGUCAAUGUUGCAGGCCGUUGGGCCUUCAGGGUGGAUGGUGGACACAAAGAAGCCUCAAGUGAGUCAAUCCCAUUAGCGUCUACAACAACAGAGACAAUCACAGAAGAAUCCAUUAGUUCACCAAUCACAUCCACUGCAGCACCAGAAAUAUUCUACCCUUUCGGCUCAUCAGGAGACACAAGAAAUGCUGCUGCUGAUGAUGGAAGCUCCUCUAAAAUUCAGCUUUUGAGGCCAUUUCUGUUCUUUGGCCGCACGUACCAGCAGAUUUAUGUGAAUAAUAAUGGACACAUCACAUUCAACCAGCCUUCAUCACAGUUUAUUCCCUACUCUUUUCCUGCUAAUGGAAGCCAAGAUAUAAUUGCUGGUCUCUGGACCGACCUUAAUAACGGUGCAAGAGGUGUGAUUUCAUAUAAUCAGUACACUAAUGGAAGUGUUCUCACACGUGCCACUCAGGAUAUAAACAAUCAUUUCCCAAAUCUGACCUUCAACGCUUCUUGGGUCUUUGUUGCAACUUGGGAUAAAGUCCCUUACUUUUCCAUGUAUAGAGCAGAAACAUCAUUUCAAGUGGUUUUAAUUUCAGGCAGUAAUUUUUCAUUUAUUCUGAUGAAUUAUGGUGACACUUCUGUAACAGGAGUUAUGGUUGAGGCUGGAUAUGACACUGUAAACUCCAUACACUACUUUGUGAUUCCUGGAUCAGUCAAUGGGAGCUCCAUUCCAAACCUCAAGAACUCCAGUAAUGUCAAUGUUGCAGGCCGUUGGGCCUUCAGGGUGGAUGGUGGACAUAAAGAAGCCUCAAGUGAGUCAAUCCCAUCAGCCUCUACAACAACAGAGACAAUCACAGAAGAAUCCAUUACUCCACCAAUCACAUCCACUGCAGCACCAGAAAUAUUCUACCCUUUCGGCUCUUCAGGAGACACAAGAAAUGCUGCUGCUGAUGAUGGAAGCUCCUCUAAAAUUCAGCUGUUGAGGCCAUUUCUGUUCUUUGGCCGCACAUACCAGCAGAUUUAUGUGAAUAAUAAUGGACAUCUCACAUUCAACCAGUCUUCAUCACAGUUUAUUCCCUACUCUUUUCCUGCUAAUGGAAGCCAAGAUAUAAUUGCUGGUCUCUGGACCGACCUUAAUAACGGUGCAAGAGGUGUGAUUUCAUAUCAUCAGUACACUAAUGGAAGUGUUCUCACACGUGCCACUCUGGAUAUAAACAAUCAUUUCCCAAAUCUGACCUUCAACGCUUCUUGGGUCUUUGUUGCAACUUGGGAUAAAGUCCCUUACUUUUCCAUGUAUAGAGCAGAAACAUCAUUUCAAGUGGUUUUAAUUUCAGGCAAUAAUUUUUCAUUUAUUCUGAUGAAUUAUGGUGACACUUCUGUAACAGGAGUUAUGGUUGAGGCUGGUUAUGACACUGUAAACUCCCUACACUACUUUGUGAUUCCUGGAUCAGUCAAUGGGAGCUCCUUUCCAAACCUCAAGAACUCCAGUAAUGUCAAUGUUGCAGGCCGUUGGGCCUUCAGGGUGGAUGGUGGACACAAAGUUGAUAGAAACCCCUGUUCUGAGCUCAGCUGCUCUGAGGAUGAAAGAUGUGGGAUGAAAAAUGGUGUUUAUGGCUGUUUAUGUAAAAAGGACAAUCACAGACCACAACCACAUUCUGACUCUUUUGAUUUCUCAGAAUCCUGUGAAAGCAGCUCUGGCUCCAUGUCUGUGUCUCGCUGUCAGCUCUUUGAGGCUGGUUUUCCAGCUGAUGUCUUACACCUCAAUGAUCCCAGCUGCAAAGGAACGGUCCGGAAUGGCAGAGUGGAAUUCCAUUUUGAUAAUGAUGAACACAUCUGUGGUACAAAUCUUGUGGCUAACAGCACCCACUUCAUCUAUAAUAACUUUAUUCUGGGGACACCGAGGUCAGAAGGUCUCAUCAUCAGCAGAGAGAAAAUUCUGAAGCUUUCUUUCAGCUGUGUUUAUCCUCAAACAGAAACACUUUCUAUGAAUGUGGAAAUCAACUCACUGGAGAGCAUUGUGCAAAAGAUCCUCCCCGCUGGUGAAGGCAGAUAUCGGGUCCGGAUGAUUCCAUAUCAGGAUGAUGAGUUUACCCGGCCCUUCACUGGUGUAGUGGAUGCAGAGCUCGACCAGGAGAUGCAUGUGGAAGUUCGUGUUGAGGGGGUCGACAGCCGCCAGUUUGCCCUGGUGAUGGACACGUGUUGGGCUACACCUGUGAAUGAUCCUGAUUACAGCCUCCGCUGGGAUCUCAUCGUUUCAGAGUGUCCCAAUCCCAAUGAUGACACACUGAAGCUGCUCCAGAAUGGCAUUUCGACAUCCAGCCGUUUCUCAUUUGGGAUGUUUAUCUUCACUGCAGAAUCCACUAAGCUUUACCUGCACUGUGCUGUUCACCUUUGCCUUCUGUCAAGCAAUCGCUGCUCAAUGGACUGUGACUCUGGACACGAGCGGAGAGAGCGCAGGUCUCUGGACUUCCAUGACAGUGCUUCCAUAUCCAUGGGUCCUCUGAUGUGGUCUGGAGGGAACACAGAUAAGUGGGUCCCAGAUCAAGUGAAGGAAUCUGAGGCUUCUUGUCUGUGUGGUUCUCUGAUGGUGUUUCUUGUUCCUCUGAUGAGUGUCCUGACACACUUUUAGUUUUGUACUACAAAAAGGGCAGAAUUUACAUGCAUACUGUCUGAUGCCAUUUUAAUGAAUGUGGCACUGAUGACACACUAGUUUUGAGUUUCUAAUUGUUUCUGUCACAGAUGAUAUGUAUCCUUUGUUUGUUUACUUACAAGCACCAAAAAUUAUUUAAUUAUUAAUGAAUUCAAUCAAUUAAUCAUUCACAAUUGCUAUGUACUAUUUUAGUCAUUAAUUUUACUUAAGAGGACAUGCUAUAAUAUCAAAUGCAUGUUUGUUAAAAUUAUGCAAAACAUUAAAAGGAUGAUUCCUGUUCUACAAUUCCUUUCUGUUCUAUAACUUAUUUAAAAAGUGUAAAUGCUUAUGUUGCUGUUCAAGAUAACAAGAUGAAGACAUCAAUUCCAUUAUUUUGGAAUUUAUAUCUUUUUAAUUGUUGAAACUGAU